AUGCCUCGCCGUCACAAGCGUCAGCGCAGCAAGGCUGAGCAACGCUUUCAGGCCCAAAGUAAGAAACAGGGCCUGGUGUGUCCAAAGCUUCCUGUGAUUGAGGAGGAAGAUGUCUCCAUAGAGGAGGUGUCUGCUGCUGGGACGUCGAGUAUGCCCCAGAGUCCUCAGAGAGCCUGCUCCUCCUCAACUGCCAUUGCAGCUGCUCCACCAAGCAAACCAGAUGAGGGUCCCAGCAGCCAAGAAGAGGUUCCAAGCACCUCAUGUGUCUCACCAGCCGCUGACGUCUUGCUCAGUGAUGCAUUAGACAGGAAGGUGUCUAAUUUGGUGCAGUUCAUGAGCAUCAAGUAUCUAACGAAGGAGCCCAUCACAGAGGCAGAAAUGCUGAAGGUGGUCAUCAGAGAAUACAAGGACCACUUCCCGGUGAUCUUCAAGAAAGCCUGUGAGUGCCUGGAAGUGGUCUUUGGCAUCGAUGUGAAGGAAGUCGACCCCAUAGACCACUCCUAUGUCCUCGUCAAAACGCUAGACCUAACCUACGACGGUAUGCUGAGUGAUGACCAGGGCAUGCCCAAGACCGGCCUCCUGAUACUUAUCCUGGGCGUGAUCUUCAUGGAGGGCAACCGUGCCCCUGAAGAGAAGAUCUGGGAAGUGCUCAGUCUGAUCGGGGUAUAUUCUGGAAGCAAGGAUUUCAUCUAUGGGGAACCCAGGAAACUCAUCACCAGAGAUUUGGUUCAGGAAGAGUACGUGGAGUACCGACAGGUGCCCAAUAGUGAUCCUGCCCGCUAUGAAUUCCUGUGGGGUCCAAGAGCCUAUGCAGAAACCAGCAAGAUGAAAGUCCUGAAGUUUUUUGCCAAGGUUAAUGGGACUGACCCCAGUUCCUUCCCAUCCUUGUAUCAGGAGGCUUUGAGAGAUGAGGAACAGAGAGCACAAGCAAGAAUUGCCACUGUGGCAGGUUCAAGUUCCAGUGCCACAUCCAGCACUGCCCCCAGUGAAGUCUGA